GAGCUCACGGCCUGACAUCAAAAGGUAAACAGACUUGUUUUGAUCUGUCAAAACCCAACCGGGCCCCUGAGCCGCUGAUGUGACUGAACGGAUCAGUGUCACUGUGUCAAGCUGUGGUGGUCGGACGGUUUGUUUCCCGGCGACCACGAGGUUAAGUCCCUGCAGUUGUUUAGUGUCUGGGUUUAAGGAACAACUCGCUCUUUUUAUAGCCUCACAUAAGCUAACUGGCUAACAGCUGUUAGCCUCCUAGCGCUAACGUCCCAAGUUCACAUUAGCUGACGGCUUAGCGGCGUAUUGGCACCUAGCAGGAGGUCAACUGGAGGAUAAAUAUAUGUUACUUUACAGUCUCACGUCUUUAUUAUAGGUCUGUGUGUUAAGCUGAGGUGUGGAAGUAGCUGUGAACGUGACGGUUCAUUGUGAAGGGAGCGUGUCCACCGAGCUUUAUCCGCUAACUGCCCUGAUCCUCCUGUUACCUGUGGCAGUAGCAGCGAUGGUGAUGUGGGUGUCAUGGGUCUCUGAAGAGGAUGAGAGAACCUGAGGAUGGUGUCCGCUCCGGAGAGAGAGAGACACGCGAUGAAGCCUGAACACCAGUGUCUUGCCAUGGCUGAGGAUGGAGAGCUGUGUCCAGUGGGAGAAGGCGCUGGGUCAUCGGGCCGACAGACCUACAGGAGUGCAGCCCAUUUCCGCAGCCUGCUGGACGGCCUGCUGGCACUCAGGCAGGGGGGCAUCCUGUUCGAUGUGGUGCUGCUGGUGGAGGGUCGACCCAUCCAAGCCCACCGUAUCCUGUUGGCAGCCUCCUGCGACUACUUUAGGGGUAUGUUUGCUCGAGGCCUUCGGGAGUCGCAGCAAAAGGAGAUAGCAAUUCAUGGAGUCUCCUACAUGGCCAUGAAAAAAAUACUUGACUACAUCUACACCUCAGAGAUUGAGCUGGACCUGGAGAGUGUUCAGGAAGUCCUGAACGCUGCCACACUCGUACAGCUUGAGAAUGUCAUCGGCUUCUGCUGUGAUUUCCUCUUCUCCUGGCUGGAUGAGGGCAACAUUUUAGAGGUGCAUCAUCUCGCCGAUCUGUAUGGACUGCAGCAGCUUAACGACCGGGUCCACUCCUACAUCCUCAGGAACAUUCAGACUCUGUCUCGCACCGACGUGUACCGACAGCUCCCCCAAGACAUAGUGUUCAGAGCACUGAGCAGCAACGAGCUUCAGGUAAACAGUGAAAACGAGGUGUACGAGGCGGCUCUGCACUACCACUACAGCCCCGAGCAGGUGGAAACUGACCAGGUGUACUUGCAGGUCAGUCCCAAGGACAAUCUCAGGAUGGUUGAUGCCGUGCGUUUCUGCCUGAUUGAGAAACAAAUAUUGCAGAGACUCUACGGCAGACUGAACCAGUGUCCGCUGAAGGACUUCGUUUCAGCUGCCUUGCAUUACCAUGAGCAGGUGAUCUGGCAACCCGUCCUGCAGACUCCUCUCACCCAGCCGCGAUCCACCUUCCAUUGUAUCCUCGGUUUCGGCGGGAUGUUCACCUCCGGCUCCCUCACAGACAACGAGCACCUGUUUCAGGUGUUCCACCCGAGCUGGGGGGAGUGGAGGGCUCUCACUGCAGCAUCUGCGCCGCGAAUGUCCAACCAGGGCAUCGCUGUGAUCAACAACUUUGUUUAUCUUAUUGGCGGAGACAAGAACACUAGUGGAUUUCGUGCAGAGACUCGAUGCUGGAGAUACGACCCCCGUCACAACACCUGGUGUUCCAUCCAGCCACUGCAGCAGCAGCAUGCUGACCACUGCGUGUGUGUGGUGGGCGACCAUAUCUACGCCAUCGGAGGGCGGGACUACAGUAACGAACUGGACUUAGUGGAGCGCUAUGACCCGCACACCAACAAGUGGGAGUUUGUGUCACCUCUAAAAAGAGAGGUGUAUGCGCAUGCUGGAGCAGUGGCAGGCGGAAAGAUUUAUAUAACCUGUGGCCGCAGAGGUGGGGCUUACCUCAAAGAGACGUACUGCUUUGACCCUGAGGCAAAUCACUGGACGCCAUGUGCGGAGGGGCCGGUAGAGCGGGCCUGGCACGGCAUGGCAGCUGUGAACGGACGCGUUUAUGUCAUAGGGGGAAGCAAUGAUGAGCGUGGAUAUCGGCGUGAUGUCCUGAAGGUUGCAUGCUUUGAGCCCUCUGCCAACUCUUGGUCUUUAAUGACCCCUCUCCCUGCUGGACACGGAGAACCCGGCGUUGCUGUGCUGGACAGUUACAUCUACAUCCUUGGUGGACGCUCUCACGACAGGAGUAACAGGAUGAAAUAUGUUCACGUGUACAACACCAACGCAGACGAGUGGGAGAACGACACAGAGUUUAAGGAGCGUGUCUCGGGCAUGGCAGCCUGCGUGGUGCUCAUGCCCCCUAAUGUGAUCGCCCAGGGCCGGAGCUGGGAGCAGCGCACCAAGGCUUCAUGGGAAGACGUGGACAACGACAACUCAGAGGAGUCUAGUGAGGACUGAAGCAGCUGUGUUGAACUGAAUGUCUGGCCACUCAUGAUGCACUUUUUAAAACAAAUACAGCAUGGUGAGUGUGAAGUGCUUUGAGGAUGUUGUUGUGGCAGCGGUUAUAACAGCAUCAUGUCCUUUUUGCAUGUUGACCACUUUGAGUGCCUCUGAACCAAAGUGUCAUUCAGGAUCUUUGCACAUUUAUUGUUACAUCUCAGCUACAACCUUAGCCCCUGUUCAGAACUGGUAUUAACAUCUGUCCUGAGAGAACCGAUCACUGGUGGACAGGUCUAACACCCGGGCCACACUGGGUGCUGAUCAUAGAAGACUUGAGAUGUAAUAAAUCAACAGAAAAUAACUAACAUGCCUGGAUACGGCUCCUGUGGUGUCCUCCAAGUGUCCGCUUUUGGGCUUUUGAGCUUGUUGUGUACAUGUUGAGUUCAUUUUCAUGUUUCAGUGAACUUUCCCUGUGAAACCAGGUCUGAGGCUCCAUUCACGACUGGUAUUAACAUGUGCUUUUUGUGAUCAAUCUCAAAUACACGUGUGAACACACUCAGAUCGGAUAUAGAUCCGAUCCCAUCAGACCACAUUUGGAGUGGUCUGGGCCACAUGUGUCAACAUUAUUUUAGCAGCGUGAACAAGAUUGUGUCUCUUCUCGUCGGUUCGUUUGGGACCUCUGGUUUCUGUAUAUCUCUCGUAGGACAGGGGCAGCAUCUCGAUCGGUCAGGUUCAGCCACAUGUGGGGCCACAUUUGAAUGCCAGGUGUGUACGCACACACACACGGAUCAAACAAACCAAAUGUUAAUACCAGGUGUGCACACGGCCUGAAUCCCACUAUGACCAUGAAACCUUGCCCGCUCAAAUGCUAAUGCAACAGUUUUUGGCCGAUCCCUCAAUUUUUCACUGUAGCUGUUUCAGUGUUGUUUGUCAUUGAAACCCUAUCUUCAAAGUAAAGCAGUGUAGACUACUGGUUAUGCAAUAAUAUGGUGGCACAGUAUAUGGAGUGAGGUAUAGAGUUUUACAGGGAGCUGUUACAUGUUGUAAAUGUUAUUCUCAAGCUAGUCAAAUUUCUGUGAAGUCAAUUAUUUAAGUACGAUUUAGUUCUUGUUUCCAGCCUAGAAGCUACUGGUUGAUGCUAUGGUGGAGUUAUCUUCACCUCCAAAAUACAGAAUAAUAUUUAAUGCAUUUUAACACUGUGCCUUUUUUUUCUGCUGUAACACAGGAGUCUCUGUUGUGAAGUUUUUAUUUAUAUCUUUACCAGUGUCUGAUUAGAUGGAGAUGAGCCUCAGAUAGUGUGCCUCGGAAGUGAUUUUUAACUGGAUGAUGAAGCACUGGUGCUGGAGGAUGAAAAGCCCAACAUCUAAUAUGUUGCCACGUCUCUAGGUUAAUUAUAAAUUAAGUCCUUAUGUGUGUGUGAUGUAAACCUAAACAUUAUCUUAAUAGGUUGUUUCUGUUUCCAUUGAACUUCCUUACUGUGUGUUAUUCCAUGGCAGAAUCCGAAGAGUAGUAGAAUAUUAGAAUUUGUCAAUUUGACCUCUGCUCCGAUGUUUCUGUUUGUUGCCUCAGUUCACGGUUAACAUUAUUAGGGUUAUGAUUAUAGUCAGAUGUGUUAAAUUACACUUUCCUCACUAUGCACCUUUUGUUUCUGUCACUGAAAAUCCUCCAGGAACAAGUGGAGUCUCAUUAUUUUUUUCUCAUAGGUUCAGAGUUAUGUCUUAAGAAGGAAAACAAUGUGUUGGUACUUGCCAUCACACAAAAAAUGCAAAAUUGGUACUCAAGAUAACGUUUCAAAUUUAAUUAAAGAGCUAAAAUAUGUUUUGAUAUUAAAUCCAGUUCGAUUUAUUGGACUGGUUGAGUGAGUUUGUUUAUUUCGUGUGAUACUAUAUUAAACAAGUGUCACCGAAUUGAGAGGUUGAAUGGAGAAGCUAAAUGACUCAGCAGGUUGAAUAGCAAAUAGGAAAAAGGGAGAGUGAUCCAUUAAUUCAUUCAGAUACUUAUUUCUCCUAUUAAGAUGCAUUUUCAAAUGUUUUUUCAGAUCACAAAAAAUAUUGAAAUAAAUAAUACAAUCAAACCUGAUGUGACCACUGAUAUAUAAUCCUCAUUUAAACAGACAACACCACUGCUCAGUUUCUUUUCAUAGAUGUCUUGAAAAUAAGAUAUUUCAUCAUAAUUAUCAUUCUCCUAGAGUUUGCAACUACAAAUUAAGGGAACAUAUUGUUUCAUCAACAAAGGCACUGGAAAAAAAACACUUCUGAGCUUUACUCUUCUUGAAGCUGUGCCUAACAAGAGACACUAAACGGCACAAAGUAAAUACUUAUUUCAAAGUUUUGAGAACAAAACUAAAAGACAACGAGACCCCUGGAACUAGUUUACAUUGACCGAUCUAUCAUGACCAGAAAAACUAAAAAGUUCUCAAGGGGCAUUAUGAAAAACACAACAGUUAGCCCGCCAUUUUGCAUUUGGUGGCCAUUUUGGCCAUAUUCCCAAUUUCUACUUUCAGGUACUUGUACCAGUGCUUAUAUCAGAUCAACUUCAAAUUGAGAUGAAAACAAAAAUAAUUAAACAUUAAAAUGACAAUUUAAAGGACGGCAGAGCAGCACUGAACGUGCCCGAUCACAUGCAUUUUGAAGAGUGGCAUGCGUUUUACGCACUGUGGCAAGGAUAAACGCUUCACUUCCUUUGUCCGUCACGGGAUGUCCAUCCUUGCCUGCUAAUUGCUCAUUCGAUUAAAUAUGUUUGUUUUGAUUUACUGCCCUAUGAUCUAUGUUUUAAAUACAAGCAUAUCAAAAUAAUUAUCUUAAAUUUUAUUGGGGACAUGACAGCCAUCUCUACAUUUUACAAUCCUGCUGUUUCACACUUACCGUCAUUCAUGUAAAUGAGGGCUCCUCCGUCAUCGCUGCUUCACUGUCCGUGUGUGUGAGUGUAAGGCUGCGUUCCAGACGACUUGUGUCAGAUAUUCUGACCUGAAAUUGCCCAGUUCUGACAUUACGUAAAACGUUAACCAACAUGUCUGACUGUGAGAAGCUGAUUAAUUUGUCUCGUGAUGAGACAAUUCAACUGUAGCCAGUGGAGCUACCAUUCGCACAGAAACUAAGAGGAGGAGGGCGACGACAUUAUCUUUUAAUUCAACUUUUAUUCUUGGAAAUACAUUCAAUCUAUAACUAAGAACACACACUGUCAUUGAAUCUCACGAACCAAGAAACCAUUGCUCUAAAACAAACAUAUUUAAUCAUAUGCACUAAUUAAGAACACACAUUAAUACUGUGUGAGGAACACACUUUAACCUUAAAAUGACAUGAAGGACAUUAUGAAAAAGAGAUACAU